GGGAGAGAAGGAGCGGACGUGUGUUGGUGAGAGCUGGGAGGAAGGAUGGCUGCUCAUGUUUGAACUGCCUCAAAUGCUCAAAGGGAGAGUCAAGGCAGGAAUUCAGCAGAGGAACACACGUCUCGCUGGGGGACGCAUCUUCAUUUGUGGGGAAGCAGAAAAUAUUUGGCAAUGCCUGCUGAAGUGAAAGAGGAGCAGAAUGCAGAGGGGCCUCCGCCUCCGCUGUGCCUGUCCCAGGAGACCAAAGAGGCCGCUCCGGACACCCUGGCCUCCAAUGACGAGCUGGACACGCCCACUUCCAUUGCAUCCGUGAUGACCUCGACCAAUGAAAGCUCCACGGAGACCGACACUCCCCAGCAGACCGACAAUGAGGAGUCCAAGGCCGUGGAACAGGAGGGUGACAAGAUCCCGUGCGAGACCCAAGAAUCGUCGGAGGCCCAGCUGGAGAACUCCGAGACGUCAGAUACAACCGAUCCGGCAUCGACUCCGGUGAUUCAAGACAACACUCCCACUGAGCAACCUCCUCCUGAAGCAGGCACCGAACCCUUUGAGCCUGCUGCACCGACCACGACGACCUGCACCGCUACCACGGCGCCGCCACAACCACAGCCCGCACCGCAGCCCGGGGAGCCCCAGCCGGGGAACCUGGACACCCAGAGCAGAGCGUUCCCGAUCCCCGAAGCCUACAGGGGCAUCGGCGGCGACAUGUACGCAGGAUACGGAAGCCUGUCCCGCAUUGGUCUCCACGGCUACUGGCCUAACAAAAACUUCCAGCCGGGCGCUCACUACACCUUACCGUUCCUCAGAGACAGCUACGCCCCCGCGGGCCACAGUGGUCAGGCGGAGGAGGACGCUCUCGGCGAACGGGGGGAAAACGCUCUGGACAUGAAGACGGAGCACCCAGCUGUCAGUUACCCAACACUGGGGGGAAUCCACCAGUUCAGGCCAAUUACCACCAUGGAGCUCCUCAGGGAGCCCUCGAGGACCAGAAGCGGCUACGAUGACGCCUUCAUGGCCCAGCUGGAGGGGAACCUGAAUCCCUUCUUCCAGGCCAUGUGUCGGGCACAGACCCUGCAGUUACCCCACAAGCGCAGCAGCAUGGUCAGCCUGGACAGCAUUCGAAGGGACCCGCGCUGGAGAGAUCCCAACUUGCACGAGGUGAUCUCGAUGCUCAGCCACCCAAUGGACCCGGUCAAGUCCAACGCGGCCGCCUACCUGCAGCACCUUUGUUACGAGAACGACCGCAUCAAGCAGGAGGUGCGGCAGCUGAACGGGGUGCCCAUCUUGGUGGAACUGCUGGACCACCCUAAAGCUGAAGUGCACCGCAAGGCCUGCGGUGCUUUGCGAAACAUAUCCUACGGAAAGGACCACAACAACAAAAUGGCCAUCAAGAACUGCGACGGCAUCCAGGCUUUAGUCAGACUGUUGAGGAAGACCAGCAGCAUGGAGGUGAAAGAGUUAGUCACAGGCACACUGUGGAACCUCUCAUCACACGAACCACUGAAGAUGAUGGUCAUCAACCAGGGGCUCCAAACUCUGACUGAUGAAAUCAUCAUCCCACACUCAGGCUGGAGGAGAGACUCAGCCGACCCCUCGAAACUGCUGAGCGCUGAGUGGACCACCGUCUUCAAGAACACGUCUGGAUGUCUGAGGAACGUCAGCUCUGAUGGAGCGGAGGCUCGACAGAGAUUGAGGGACUGUGAAGGGUUGGUGGAUGCCCUCCUUCAUGCCCUCCAGUCGGCCGUCGUCAGCAAGGACACUGACAAUAAGUCGGUGGAGAACUGCGUCUGCAUCCUCCGAAACCUGUCCUAUCAUGUUCACAAGGAAAUACCAGGAGCCGAGCGGUUUCAGGAGCCCCACGCUUGCCAUUUGAUGAGAUCAGUGGGGCACCAGAAGAAGAAGAAUGAGCCCGACUGUCUCACAGGGAAAAGACCUAAAGAGGAGUGGUUCAAUCAAGGUUGGAAAAAUGGAUUUAUGGACAGGAAAUACAGUACAUUGGAUUUACCAAAACGCACAGAACUGAUGAAAGGGUUGGAGCUGCUGUACCAGCCAGAGGUGGUGAGGCUUUACCUCUCUCUCCUCACCUGCAGUCACAACCACAACACCCUGGAGGCAGCCGCAGGAGCGCUGCAGAACCUCGCUGCAGGACACUGGGCUUGGUCCAGCUACAUUCGGGCGACAGUGAGGAAAGAGAAAGGGUUGCCAAUCCUCGUGGAGCUGCUGCGCUCUGAUGUGGACAAAGUGGUGCGAGCCGUGGCCAUCGCUCUGCGCAACCUGGCCAUGGACAGGAGGAAUAAAGAUUUAAUAGGGAGUUAUGCUCUGAGGGAUCUUGUCGGCAAUCUGCCAUGUGGGCAGCAGCACCCGGCGAAGAACCUCGAGGGGGAUACGGUGGUGUCUAUUCUGAACACAAUUCACGAGAUCAUCACAGACAACUCGGAGAACGCCAGAGCGCUCAUUCAGGGCCACGCCGUGCAGAAACUGGUGGCCAUCCAUAAGUCGAGCCAAUCAGCACGGGAGACCAAGGCAGCUUCCCAUGUGCUUCAGACAAUAUGGGCCUACAAAGACCUGAGAAACGCUCUGAUCAAGGCAGGUUGGAACAAGAGCCACUUUAAGCCCACGACUACCGGAGUGACUAAAAAAUCCAAGAGUGGAAAGCAAGGCAGUGAUGACAUCACCUUGCCUCUCAUGGACAAAACCCAAGAUGUAUAUUCCAGUUUAGAGCCAAAUGAUAGAGUCGGCGAUGGAAAGGGGCCUGUUGUGGAAAGAGACACCCUGCAGGCAAUAAAUGAAAGAAAACACUUCAUCCGAGCUGGCAGGCCCUCGGUGGGCCUCAUGGACAACAAACCUCCACCGCUGGACUCCUGGGUGUAGACGUAGCGACAAGGUCGGUCAAGGCUUAAGGGUUAAAGACACUUUCCAUCGGUGAAAUAGGGAUUUGUGCCAUCUGAUCAUUCUUGUACAGAUGAACAAACACAUUCAGUUAAAAAGGAUUUCCUUUGUUUACAGGAACUAUUGUGCCAAACAUUUCCAUGUAUUUGUUACGCAGAGUUAGCUGGCAAUAGGGUUCAAGGACUGGGGUGAAAUGCAGUACGGUGGAUCGCGAAUGACAUGUGAAAGAGCCCAAAUAUGCAAACGGUGGUGAAUCAUGACUCCAAAGAAUGUAUGACGUGUACAAUUUGAAUUUACUCCUUAUCUCCAGUAUACUUCUAGUUUGUCACGCUAUUAAGACUAAAAAUGACUUAAUUUGUUGUUAUCCACAGCAGCAGAUUUAGAGUUAGCGCUAUCGGCGGCCUAACCAAUCAAAUAUUUUAGAAAUUCAUAUGAUUCUUGAUACAUCAAAGUAGACUGUGUUAGUAAAUCUCUACAUGAGUCUCUAUUCCAUUUGUUUCACGACAGGCAAAAUGGGAUUGUAAAUGUGUAACAAAGGACUGUUAAUAUUCCAAAUGAAGGCAUUUAUAUUGUAACGUUUAUUGUAAUACUCAUGUUAUUAAUUAAAAGUUAUUUAUGUGUAUUAGCUAAUACCAGUAAGUGAUCCUACAUUCAAUACAACUCUGCUUUGCAGUGGUCCUUUUUGCAUUGCGAUGUUGAAUGACAAUGAAAAUAAAUGAUGUGCAUAAUUUCUCA